AUCGGACAUCCCUAAUUGUACAUGGAGCGUAUUCUACUGCUGCGCUAAAGUGAAGUGCAAUCAUAAUCCUCGCAAUGUCGCAAUCAAAGUUCCCGUCAGGGCAGAGCCUUCUGAAAGUGAACCGUUACGCGCUGCUACAGCCGGCACCAUUACGUCGGCCACCACCACUCGACCCGUCCAUUCCGCUUCGUGGACGUCCCUCGAAACGGGCCAAGAUGGAGUACAUGUCCGCCGGAAUCCGUCACCAGCAUUCUUCUUCGUUCAUUAUGAAGCUGUUUGACCGCAGCGUAGAUUUGGCCCGUUUUGAACCGGAAAGUUCUCUAUAUCCGGUGUGCCGGGCAUGGAUGCGUAAUCAACCGAGAGCCCGGGUGAACCAGCAGCCAAACCGUGGUGGUCAGCAGUUGUUGAAGAAACGAGUUCCCCUGCCGGAUAUUGUUGACCGGUACAAUCGAAAGGAAAUAGACUAUAUUGACCAAAUGCCAAAACCGGAUGAGUCUAAGAUGGAGCCUUUUGUUUUUGAAAAGCCCUUGGAGAAAAGUAAGGUUGGUGAAUUCGAUAGAUCGGGUGCUAGCAGGGAAACAUUGCUCAAAGAGCACAAGGAACGAUGGGUUACCAUUCGACAGAGAUGGCAGAGCCACCGACAGAACUAUCUCCGGAAGUAUCAAGUGAGCUAUGAUUUGCUUGACGCAAUCGUCAUGAAACACACUUGAAUUACCAUGGGGAGUUCUAACCUGUUUAUGAAAUAAGGUAAAUAAAGU